CGCAGGGAGGCGAGUCCGCCCGCCCGGGAUGCCAUGGCUCCGCCGGGCUCCGCGCUGCCCGCCUGCCUGCUGGGGCUGCUGCUGCUUGUCUGCCGCGGAGAUUUUGGCCGCUCCUCUGAGCUGGCAUUCGUUGUGGAGCCUAGUGAUGACAUAGCUGUGCAGGAGCAGCCCUUGAUCCUCUACUGCCAGGUGGAGGGCAUCCAGCCCAUCACCAUCACAUGGCGGAAGAAUGGAGUGAUGAUUGUGGACAGUGAGAAUGCCUUCAUGUUGGCCAACGGGUCUCUCUACGUCUCCCGCUUCCAGAGGGUCCGGGGAGAUGGUUCCUCGGAUGAAGGCGAGUAUGAUUGCAUGGCACAGAACCACUACGGGCUCUUGGUGAGCCGGAAGGCAAAGAUCCAGGCAGCGACMAUGUCUGACUUCCACAUCCACCCUCAAAAUGCAGUGGUGGAGGAAGGUGGUGUAGCGAGAUUCCAGUGCCAGAUCCAYGGCUUGCCUGAGCCAGUCAUCCUAUGGCAUAAGAACAGCAUGCCAGUCAACACAGACAAUGAAAGGUACACGCUGCUUCCCAAGGGAGUUCUCCAGAUAACAGGACUAAAGGCAGAAGACAGUGGGAUAUUUCACUGUGUUGCCACCAAUAUUGCAAAUGUGAAGUUCAGCCGGGAGGCCCGACUCACCGUGUCAGGCUCCCACUCCACGGUGUACAAGGACCCGAUGAUUCUCGUGGGCCCGGAGAACCUGACGCUGACCGUGCACCAGACAGCAGUGCUGGAGUGCAUCGCCACCGGCAACCCCCGGCCCAUCGUCUCCUGGAGCCGCCUAGACGGCCGCCCGAUUGGCGUGGAGGGGAUCCAGGUGCUGGGCACAGGAAACCUGAUGAUCUCGGACCUCACGGUGCAGCAUUCUGGYAUCUACGUGUGCGCCGCCAACAAACCCGGCACACGCGUGCGCCGGACCGCGCAGGGCAGCCUGGUGGUGCAAGCACCAGCAGAGUUUGUGCAGCAUCCCCAGUCCAUUUCCAGACCCGUGGGGACUACUGCCAUCUUCACGUGCGUGGCCCAAGGGGAACCCCCUCCCCAGAUCACUUGGCUGAGGAACGGGCAGAUCCUGGAGACAAGCGACCACAUCAAGCUGAAGAAUAACAACAGCACUCUCUCCAUCUACGGGAUCAACCAGGCGGAUGAAGCCAUCUACCAGUGCCUGGCCGAGAACAGCGCGGGCUCCACGCAGGCCAGCGCCCGCCUCACCGUGCUGUGGGCAGAUGGGCUGCCCAGCCCUCCUCAGGGCGUGAGGGCAGAGACUGUCUCUGCAACCACCAUCCAGGUGUCCUGGGAAAAGCCCCUGCAGAACACCAAGGAGAUCAUUGGCUACGUCCUGCACAUCAGGAAAGCCGCAGAUCCYGUAGAGAUGGAGUACCAGGAGGCUGUUAGCAAGAGCACCUUCCAGCAGCUGGUGACUGAUCUGGAGCCCUCGACCAGCUACAGCUUUUAUAUAAAGGCUUAYACCUCCCGGGGUGCCAGCAAAGCCUCAGAAGUGACGGUGGUGAGCACGCUGGGGGAAGUCCCAGCCAUGCCAUCCCUCUUUAUUAAAGUCAUUAACAGCACCACUGUGCAGGCGACGUGGGAGCCCUCCAUCAAAYUGGGCCAGCACGAAGGCUUCAAGCUGUAUUACCGCAAAGUCCACCUCUCCCAGUACACAGGUCCAGUGCUACUGGCCAGCAAYGUCACAGCCUACAAUAUUACCCACCUGGAUGCAUCRGUGGUGUACGAAGUCAAGCUCCUUGCCUACAACCAGCAUGGGGAUGGAAACUCCACUGUCCGCUUYGUGUCGCUGAGGGAAACUGUGGAGAGGACAGUGCUGAAUCCUCCCUGUGACUGCAUGAAGGAUGAGCAGAACAAUAAAACCUCCACGACCGGCAUCAUCAUCGGGAUCCACAUUGGUGUCACGUGCAUCAUAUUCUGCAUCCUCUUCCUCAUGUUUGGGUACCGAGGAAGGCUGCUGAUGUGCAAAAACGUGCAGGAGCAGCUGUCAACCCCGCAGAUYCCCCGGAGCCAGCGGAGCGCCACAGGCCUCGUCCUGAACGGGGCCACUCGCAGGGACAGGGACGAGCGGGACUUGAAUGGAAAGCAGCUGGAUAUGAACGAGCUGGAGAGGUUAUUCCCAGCAUCCCCRUCCCAGGAGCAGCAGAAGGGAAUAACGGUAAGACCAGUGGGAUGGAAGCACACCUGGCUGUGCAUGGGUGWGCUGUCACUGUCACUGCAUUGUCCCCUUCUCUCUCUCUCCAGUUGGCUCACAGCCCAUCAACCCCCCACAACGAAACCCAGAUCUCCACACUCCCUCUGGAUGAGUUCAGCAUCAUCGAGGAGCAGCCAGACCCCCUCCCAAAAAACCCCCAUGGCAGCAGUACUGCUGCUCCAGCUCCUGACCAUGGUCCUGCCAAUGAAGGAUAAAACUGCCAAGACUCGAAGCCUCAUGUAGGAGUUACCAGAAACCAAACCCACGGCUGGUGAUAUCUUUACGAGUUUUCAAUCUCAGGUCAAUUGAAGAUUUCUACGGUCUGAUUGUUAUUUUUUUGUUUUGCUUUAUUUUUAUAUAUAUAUAUAAAUAUAUAUAUAUGUAUACAGCCCUUUGGAAACUCUGUGAAGUUUAUCUUUCUGACCUCUCUCAAGCCUCUCGAUGUGUUUAUUCUGAUGAUGGCUCUCUGGAGACUGGUCAUGAUGGAUUUUCCCUGCAGCUGCUACUUAACAGACUCCUUGGCAGAGUUUGGCAAAUUCUCCAGUCCCUGACAGACUGGGAAUACAGUGGAGCCCUCAUCUCUUGGCAUCCCRGACUUUUCCUGAUCAGCAGCUUUAGGACUACUUUUUGGAUCUAUUUUUUAUUUCCAGAAGACUGGAUUUGGAAAAAUCCUUCUAAUUUGACUCCAAAAAUUGAGGCCCAGGAAGGCUGUCUCUCCAUGGAUUUGAUGAUUUUGUACACUUUCACUAUUUCUCAGGAUACUUUUUUUGCUGAUUGACUCUAAAUAAUACAAAAAAAAAAGAAAAAAAAAAAGAGUGUGUGUGUGUCAAAGGAUGCCCGAGGGCUACUGAAAGACUUGGACAGACAACCCGAACUCAGAACCUACCUCAACCGGAAUGAAUGUCUUCUGGGAAGCAGAAAUACCUGCGUCUUCCUUUGUGUUCAAACAAACAAGUAGCAUAGCACUUGGUCAGUACAAGCAUGGUCCUACCUCAGCAGUCACGCUCUGUACCCGCCACCUCGGUGGCUUCCUUGUUGUUGUUCCCAUGUAAAGCACUUCCAAACCUUUGAAAGCAAUGUUCUACCUCAAACGUGAGAGAAACUCGUGUGUGUGUGUGUGUGUGUGUGGGGGUGUGUGUGUGUGUGUGUCCUCUCCUCCCCCCAAUUCCUGCCUCUCCCACCCAGCCCCGCACGAAGCGCGAUGCUUCACGCGUGUUACGAGCUUUACUUUUGGGGGCUCCGGUGUGAUUUUGUGUGGCAGAGAUUCGUGUUGUGGUUUUUUACUUUAAAGGUUGUUGGGGCUGUCACAGACAAGCAGCGCGAUGCUCUGCGACUCCCCAGCACCGCUGCCCUUCCAGGGCUGAUUUGAGCACCGGUCCAUCCUGGGUGGAUGGGGAUGGGGUGCUCAGAUGCCAGUGCUGGGGCCAGGGCACCCUUCUGCCCCAUCAGUGUGCUGCUCCCCAAGGCUGAUCCCAACAGAAUGAUUUAUGGCAUGUGCCAGCAUGAGCAGCACAACACAACCCUGGGAGGUGGGAAUCUGGAUGCCACCAUUUUGUCCCAAAGYCCACCCUGCCAUCAGGAGCAUCCAUGGGGAAACUCCCAUAGAACACUUCCAGAACCCCUUGAGAUGCUACUGAGCUGCUCCCAGCUCCUCCAGUGUCUUUCCAGCCAUGGGAGAAUGUCCCAAGGGUGAGUGGAGCCAAAAAGAGCUCAGUUCCCUGGGAGGGACAAAGCAAGGAGGAUGCUGGGGGCUGCCAGAGCCACCCUUUCCCCAUGCCCAGGGUGGGCAGAGGAGCUCCUGACACCAAAGAGAGGGUUUGUCCCCUCCAGAGAUCAACCACCAACCUGCUGCUGUGGAGGUUGGGUUGUCC